CAUUGUCGCCCGAUCUGGCGCAUCAAAACAAACCCGGACCCUCCAACCCCUACCUCACCCUCCCGCCGCCUGAAGACGAGAUCCCUGACCUUGGCGAGUUACCCUCCAAACAACCACCCUCGCCCCCACCUACCGCACCUGCUCCUACCAUGUCAGGACAUCACCGCAUCACCCUCGCCGCCAACCCCCCCUACUUCGAUGGCGACAAGUCCAAAUACCUGGGCUUUGUGGACGCGUGCACCACCUACAUCGGUGCCUAUUGAUCGGAGUUCUCGCUGGAUGAAACAAAAAUCCUCUUUGUUCUGUCCUACCUCCGUAAUGAGACCGGCACAAGCUGCGCCGCCUCGAGAUGGGCGAUGA